AUAGAUAAAGCAAAGUGGGCACGAAGGCAGCAGGCGCCACGUGUUCGCUACAUUCAUAAAGUGCCAAAGCAUAAAAGCAACCGGCAACUCCCAAUCUUAAAGAACAUCAAAAGCUCCGCUUCUCACAUAUCGCAAAUGCAAAUGAGAUGAGCGCACGUAUAAACACAAGCUUCGUCUUCCUUUUUGUACUUCUGCUGUUAGUUUCGACCCACUGGUUUUCACAUUCUAAUCCAGAUCACAAGUUAGGGCUUUGUGGCGAAGAACACGAGAAGGAUAAUACCAUCGAAAUGGCAACUCUAGGAGGCUUGCGCGAUUCCAACACCCAGAACAGCCUUGAGAUCGAUACCCUUGCGCGAUUUGCAGUUGAUGAGCACAACAAGAAAGAGAAUGCAUUGCUUGAGUUGGCGAGGGUUGUAAAGGCACAAGAACAAGUGGUUUCUGGCACUUUGCAUCAUCUUACACUUGAGGUCAUUGAAUCUGGAAAGAAGAAACUUUAUGAAGCGAAGGUUUGGGUAAAGCCAUGGAUGAACUUUAAAGAGCUACAAGAAUUCAAGCAUGUCGGAGAUGUUCCUUCCUUUACCUCAUCUGACCUGGGUGUUAAAAAAGAUGCGCAAUGCUCAGGAUGGAGAUCAGUGCCAGUGCAAGAUCCUGUUGUUCAAGAUGCUGCACAUCAUGCAGUUAAGACAAUCCAGGAGAGAUCUAACUCUUUAUUUCCUUAUGAACUUAGAGAGAUAGUUCAUGCAAAAGCUGAGGUUGUUGAGGAGUCUGCCAAGUUCGACAUGCUUCUGAAGGUCAACCGAGGAGGAAAAGAAGAGAAAUUCAAGGUCGAGGUGCACAAGAAUAAUGAAGGUGGUUUCCACUUGAAUCAGAUGGAGUCUGAUAACUCUUAACUAUAAAACUAACAGCAAUACCAAAUCCCGACUAUGAAACUUUUUAUAAUAAAGUGAACUACUACGCUUGUAAAAACAGACUUACUCUGGCGUUUUUCUGUUGCUACUAGUGUUUCACUGUGUGUUAAUGUUGGUAAACUUCAGAUGUUGGUCGCGAUGAACUAUGUUCUGUUUUCCUAAUUUUGACAUUUACUUAAUGUUUUGUGUUGGGGUGUGAAUUAAAUAUGGAUAAAAAAUUUUAAAAAUA